AUGGCGAGAGCAGCUUGUAGCAGCGUCGUUACAGCUCUCACUUUGUUGCCUUCAAAGUCCCUUCUUUUCAGAACCCAUCGCCACUUUCUCUUCUCCGGUAAUUCCAAGUUCGUCGGAGUUUUCACAUUCGAGAAGAAACGAUGUUUUGCUUCCAAAGUAAGCAUGAGCUUGAAAGCUGGAAUCGUCGGUCUUCCCAACGUCGGAAAAUCCACUCUCUUUAACGCCGUCGUCGAGAAUGGAAAAGCUCAAGCUGCUAAUUUUCCGUUUUGUACGAUUGAGCCCAAUGUUGGUAUUGUUGCUGUUCCUGAUUCGCGUCUUCAAGUGCUAUCUAAGCUUAGCAAUUCUCAAAAAAUUGUCCCUGCUUCUAUUGAGUUCGUCGACAUUGCUGGUCUUGUUAAAGGUGCCAGUCAAGGAGAAGGUUUAGGCAACAAGUUCUUAUCUCAUAUCCGAGAAGUUGAUUCCAUCCUCCAGGUGGUGAGAUGUUUUGAGGACAAUGACAUUAUUCAUGUGAAUAACAAAGUUGAUCCCAAAUCUGACAUUGAUGUGAUCAAUCUCGAACUUAUCUUCUGCGAUUUGGAUCAGAUUGGUAAAAGGAUCGAGAGACUUAAGAAAGGGAAGGGCAAGGAUUCACAAUCCAAAGCCAAGGAGGAAGCUGAAAAGGCUGCUUUGGAGAAAAUUCAGGAGGCCCUUUUGGAAGGAAAACCUGCACGGUCAGUUGCAUUGACUGAUCUCGAGAAGGAAGUCGUAAAGCAUCUCUGCUUGCUUACAAUGAAGCCUAUGAUCUAUGUGGCGAAUGUUGCUGAAACUGACCUUGCUGAGCCGGAGAAGAAUACUUUUGUUGAAGAUGUGAAGGGUCUUUCUUCGGAUUUGCAGUCUGGACAUGUGGUUGUUUCAGCACAGGUUGAGUCUGAGUUAACCGAACUUCCUCUUGAAGAACGGAUAGAAUAUUUGAAUUCUCUAGGUGUUAGCGAAAGUGGCCUCGGGAACCUUAUCAGGGCAACAUACAGUUUGCUAGGUUUGCAGACGUACUUCACUUCUGGUGAAAAGGAAACAAGAGCAUGGACAAUACAGGCAGGCAUGACUGCACCACAAGCUGCUGGUGUCAUUCACUCUGACUUUGAAAAGGGUUUUAUUAGAGCUGAGACUGUUGCAUAUGAUGACUUUGUCUCUGCUGGAUCUCUUGCCGCAGCAAGAGAGAAAGGACUUUUGAGAUCAGAGGGUAAAGAGUAUAUUGUUAAAGAAGGAGAUGUGAUGCUUUUCCGCUUCAACGUAUAA